AUAUUGUAUCAUCAGUCUGACAAGUCAAUUCAGUCGCGGGGCGAAUGUGGCAAUAUAUUUUAAAAACUACACAAGAUUGAAUCUCAGCCUACAAAUCACUUAAAGCCACGACAUAUUGGCUUGUAAUUGACUUAAAAAAAAAAGAAAAGAAAAGAAUGGAGUGUCUGUGGGGAGAAUUAUUUGACUGUUGGUGUGUUGAAAUUAAUCAUUUUUAUUCGUUGUUCACCUUGUUUGCCUUAUCAGCAAUAGAUUGAAUUAAUUGCUUGGUGUGUUUCCGAUCUCUCACUGUUUUUUUAUUCUUUUUCGCGCGUCCACAUGACAAUCGUAGGGUGAAGAGUGAUAAGAAGACGUUUCGUUUUGAAAAUCGUAAAAUUUAUAUUUUUUUGUAAAACUAAAUAUUUUUCUAGCUAUCUCACGAAUUAACAAUUAACAUUAAUAAAGUUCUAGCGCAAAGCUAUCGCGAGUGAGGAAAUGAGAAAACUGUAUUGUAAUUUGCUUUGAGAAAGCACAAAAAAAGGUGGAAGAGUAGACAAAAAAAGCUGUAAUCUCAUUUCAGUUCAUUUUCUGACUAUAUUCCGCUUUCAGUGGUUCGUGUGAUAAGGUGUUUGUGGGCAGAAUGUGUUGGAAAAAGGAGCGAAAAUUGCUAUAAAAAGUCAUUGGUAAAGACCUUAAAUGGGACAUAUUUUUGUGAGGAAUCAUGAAGACUUUGUGAGUGGUACAGAAACCAUAAAAGAAUUUAUUUAAAACAAUCCAUCGUUAAGAUUUUUUUAAAAAAUUCCAAUACAAUGAAUAAUCCAGGCUCCCGCUACCUCAUUUCAAAUAGACGAUCCCUGAUUACCUUAAUUGUGGGUAUCAUCUUGGGAUUUUCCAUGGCGGCAAUGUUUAUUUCAUCCUCAACACCGGGGAGGAUUUAUUGGCUGUCAGGUAUUGGUGAGCACAAACACCGUGACCCCCACAAGGGAAGUGAGCUGUACGAUGAAUCAGGGCCGGAAGUGGAGGUACGCUUCCAUGGGGAGCACGAUGAGGCUCAUGCCCUAGAAAAUAAGACGCUCUCUGAGAAGUUGUACAAGGAAGUACGGGUACUCUGUUGGGUCAUGACAAAUCCUUCAAAUCACAAGAAGAAAGCCCUCCAUGUGAAGAGGACGUGGGCAGCGAGAUGCAACAAAAUGUUAUUCAUGAGUUCUAAAGAAGAUCCGGAAUUGGGGACUGUGGCAUUGCCCGUUGGUGAAGGACGUGAUAAUUUGUGGGCGAAGACGAAGGAAGCAUUCAAGUAUGUGUAUAAGAAUCACUUCAAUGAUUACGAUUGGUUUAUGAAGGCUGACGAUGACACGUAUGUAAUUGUGGAGAAUUUGCGAUUUAUGCUAUACAAAUACUCCCCGGAGCAACCAAUUUUCUUUGGGUGCAAAUUCAAGCCAAUUGUCAAGCAGGGCUACAUGUCCGGUGGAGCUGGGUAUGUGCUCAGCAGGGAAGCCGUACGGAGAUUUGUUACCGAAGCUCUGCCGGAUAAGACCAAAUGCCGGCAGGAUGGACGUGGGGCUGAAGAUGCCGAAAUGGGGAAGUGCUUAGAGAAGGUCAAUGUAACGGCGGGUGAUUCAAGGGAUGCCGAAGGAAGGGGGAGAUUCUUCCCAUUUGUCCCGGAGCAUCAUCUCAUUCCAAAUCACGUUGAUAAAGAUUUUUGGUACUGGAAGUACAUCUACUAUCCAACGGAUGAAGGCUUGGAUUGUUGCUCAGACAAUGCCAUUUCCUUUCACUACGUCUCACCGAAUGAGAUGUACGUUCUUGACUAUUUAAUCUACCACCUGCGACCAUAUGGGAUUAUUGCCUACCCCCAGACAUUACCUGAGAAGCGACCAUAUGGCAAUCAAACGCAAAGUAGCAUUUCCACUAGUCAGCAGGAUGUAGUACAACAGCAGAAAACUAAUACGGAAAAUGGAGCCAAAGAAUCCAAACGGUAAAUUUUAAAACUGAAAAAGAUGCCAUAGAUUUUGUUUUUUUUCCUAAUUUAUCAAAAAAACUUUCUCACUGGUCUUUGAGUGAGACUUUGGGUUAAAAUUCAUUUUGAAGUUCGGUUUAGUUAGUUUCUUAUGUCAGGCUUUAGUUUUUCUAGGCUUCUGACUGUUAAGUUUGGUUUUAGUUAGUUUUUAAGUCGGGCUUUAAUUAUUUUUUAACCGAACUUAAGGUUUUUACAACAUUUUUUAAGGUCAAACUUUGUGACUUUAAGAUUAAGUCAGGCUGAAUCAGGACAAAGUUGGUCUUAAAAGUUUAAAAGUUUGGAUUAUAUAAUUUAGGCCAAGAUUUAAAGUCAGACCCUUAUGAACUUAAAGGUUUAGCCUAGUUUAAAAAUAAAUUAGGCCAAGUUUGGAAAAGGUUAACCAUGAUCUUAUUCGGCUCAAAUUUAGCUCAAAAACUGAAAACUAGCUAAAAAAAAAAACUAAAGCCAAGAAAAAAAUUUAGGCCAUGUUUAAAAAAAAGUUUGAUCUGAAAAGUUUCAAGCCUAGUUAAAAAAAUUGAAGCCCAGCUUAGAAAAUUUAAAACCUAGUUUGAAAAAUUAAUCCUGUCUUAAGUAACCUUAUUCGGACUUUAAGUUGUGAAUUUCACCUUUUGUCGUGAAGGACUCGAAAGAUUAUCUCAAACUUCUCUUUAAGAAAAAAAAAAAAGAAUAAAAUUGUGAAUAGAUUUUUUUCUCUAUUAGAUUUAGUUAAUUUAUUUGUGAAAAUAGUCAUAAUAAAAAUUUGUAAAUUGAGGAGUGAAGAAAAAAAAGUGAUUUCAAAUUGCGCUUUAGUAAACAUUGAGUUGUGCAAGUGAUGUUAUUUUUUUUUGAUUAAAUUCUUUAGUCAGGAUUAGAUUUUCUUUACCAAUAUAGAUUUGUAAAUCAUUAAGGCGCUCAUUGUCUUAAUAUUCCAUUGUCUAUUCGUUAGAUUUGUAAUUUAUUUCUUUGGAGAUAAUUAUUUAUUUGAAAUUUAUUAAAUUUAUGAAAGAAAAAAACUUUUGGACAAAAUACCAUGACUGGUAGGAUUUGGAUAAUCUUCUUAUAUUGAUUUCUUUUAUGAAUAAUUCUGCAAGGUUUUGUAGUUGAUUUUACAAUUUUGUCUUAGCUUAAUACAAAGUUCAUUUUAUUUUUUUUAAUGUGUUUUAAACCCAGAUAAAAGAAGUCUCAGAGAUUUGUGUGAAUUUGAAAGGAAUUUUAUGUGUGUGUGAGUGUGCAUGUGUUGCAAAAAUUCAAGCGAUAUUCAAGAAAAUAAUGUAAUGUUUAAGAAACAUAGUCAUAAAGUUAAGAUGCAUUUAUUGUCGCAACUUGUUUUCUUUUCUCUCGACCUUAUGUAACCAACUCGACAAUGCCAUUUGUAAUAAUAAUUAUUAAUAAAGAGAAAAAAAAGUAAUAUAA